AGCCGCGCGCGCAGCAGGCCCACGUGAUGGGAGCGCGGGCUUUAGAAGGCGCUCGCUGUCGCUGUCUCGGAGCCGGAGUGGGACGAGAGCGCCCGGCAGCCCCGUAAUUUAACGGACCCCCGCCCCCGAGCCCCGCCAUGGGAAUCCACGGCCUGGCCAAGCUGAUCGCCGACGUGGCGCCCAGCGCCAUCCGGGAGAACGACAUCAAGAGCUACUUUGGGCGCAAGGUGGCCAUCGACGCCUCCAUGAGCAUCUACCAGUUCCUGAUCGCGGUCCGGCAAGGGGGGGACGUGCUGCAGAACGAGGAGGGCGAGGCCACGAGCCACCUGAUGGGCAUGUUCUACCGCACCAUCCGCAUGGUGGAGAACGGCAUCAAGCCCGUGUACGUCUUUGACGGCAAGCCGCCGCAACUCAAGUCGGGCGAGCUGGCCAAGCGUGGCGAGCGGCGCGCCGAGGCCGAGAAGCAGCUGCAGCAAGCGCAGGAGGCGGGGGCCGAGGAGGAGGCGGAGAAGUUCGCCAAGCGGCUGGUGAAGGUCACCAAGCAGCACAACGAGGAGUGCAAGCGGCUGCUGCGCCUCAUGGGCAUCCCCUACCUGGAGGCGCCCAGCGAGGCCGAGGCCAGCUGCGCCGCCCUGGUGAAGGCCGGCAAGGUCUAUGCGGCUGCCACCGAGGACAUGGACUGCCUGACCUUCGGCAGCCCCGUGCUGAUGCGGCACCUGACCGCCAGCGAGGCCAAGAAGCUGCCCAUCCAGGAGUUCCACCUGAGCCGCGUGCUGCAGGGGCUGGGGCUCACUCAGGAGCAGUUCGUGGACCUGUGCAUCCUGCUGGGCAGCGACUACUGUGAGAGCAUCCGCGGCAUCGGGCCCAAGCGUGCCAUGGACCUCAUCCAGCAGCACAAGAGCAUUGAGGAGAUCUUGCGGCGGCUGGACCCCAAGAAGUACCCCGUGCCCGACAACUGGCUGCACAAGGAGGCCCAGCGCCUCUUCCUGGAGCCCGAGGUGCUGGACGCCGAGGCCGUGGAGCUCAAGUGGAGCGAGCCCGACGAGGAGGGCCUGGUCGAGUUCAUGUGUGGCGAGAAGCAGUUUAACGAGGAUCGGGUCCGCAAUGCGGUCAAGCGGCUGAGCAAGAGCCGCCAGGGCAGCACCCAGGGACGCCUGGACGACUUCUUCAAGGUCACCGGCUGCCUCACGUCGGCCAAGCGCAAGGAGCCCGAGCCCAAGGGGGCCGCCAAGAAGAAGGCGAAGUCGGCCGGGCCGGGCAAGGCCAGGAGGGGAAAAUAAAGCCUGCCCUUCCCCCUCCGUGGGCGGCGCCAGAACAGUGCCUUUGGGGUCUUCUCUGUUGGGGCUGGGGGCGUGCACUGGCUCGGAUUUGAGAGUGUCCUCGCCCCCAUAAGCCUGGGACGAGGCCAAAGCUGCCCUGUUUUGUCCCGUUCUUCUGGGCCCAGAAUCCCAGACCUGAUCCUCAGGACCAGAUCCUUAUUUUCAUGGUUUGAGCUUAGGAAAAGUGAAUAAAAUUGUUAGAUGCUCCA